UCACUGCCUCCACCUUGUCUUCCGUAACCCCGUUCAUUGACGAAUUUUGUCGGCGGGCUUUUUUAACGUGACAUAAAUGCACAUCUGAGAACUCUUUUCAUUCAUAAAACAUUAAGAUACAUUCGCAAGGCACAUUACUGAUUAAGCAGACGCCGAUCUACUAAGUGUUUUAACUAUACGGUUCUUAGCGCCUGGCCAGGCAGAAAGGCCACAAUGAAACUCACAGACAAUGUGCUGCGUAGUUUCAGGGUUGCGAAGGUUUUCCGCGAGAAUUCGGACAAAAUCAACUGCUUUGACUUCAGUUCAAAUGGCGAAACGGUGAUAUCGAGUAGCGACGAUGACUCAAUUGUCUUAUACGACUGCCAGGAGGGAAAACCCAAACGGACCCUCUACAGUAAGAAGUAUGGCGUGGACCUCAUCAGAUACACACAUGCUGCAAACACUGUCGUCUACAGCUCCAACAAAAUUGAUGAUACCAUACGAUACCUGUCGCUGCAUGACAAUAAAUACAUUCGCUACUUUCCCGGGCACAAUAAGAGGGUGGUUGCUCUGUCUAUGUCUCCGGUUGAUGAUACAUUUAUAUCUGGCUCUCUGGAUAAAACAAUUCGUCUGUGGGACCUGCGCUCACCUAACUGUCAGGGCCUUAUGCACCUGCAAGGGAAGCCAGUGUGCUCAUUUGAUCCUGAAGGGCUGAUUUUUGCCGUAGGGAUAAACUCUGAGAUGGUUAAACUUUAUGAUCUACGCUCCUUUGACAAGGGUCCAUUUGCCACAUUUAAACUGCAGUAUGAGCGGACAUGUGAGUGGACAGGUCUCAAGUUCAGCAACGAUGGAAAGCUCAUUCUGGUCUCCACCAAUGGAGGAACACUAAGGGUGCUGGAUGCUUUCAAAGGAGCUGUGCUUCACUCUUUUGGCGGCUAUAACAACAGUAAAGGUGUGAUUUUGGAGGCCUCUUUCACGCCAGACUCUCAGUUCAUUAUGAUCGGAUCAGAGGAUGGAAAGAUCCAUGUGUGGAAUGCUGAGAGUGGGAUGAAAGUAGCACUCCUUGAUGGGAAGCAUACUGGUCCUGUCACCUGUCUACAGUUUAACCCUAAAUUCAUGACUUUUGCCAGUGCCUGUUCUAAUAUGGCAUUCUGGUUACCCACGAUUGAUGACUGAUGGGCAGUUGUCUGGAGUUCCGAAACAUUUGACUGCCACUGUGAUGUCUUUUUCCACCAGGUGGCAUCACAAACCCAUGUUAUGACACGCCGUGGCUGCUCACUGUAGGACUUUUUGAACUGUAAAUAGGUUGGCCUUUAUGCCAAGUUGUAUUUCUUUGUUAAUUUUAUAUCUGUAUCAUUAAAACUUGUUCUUUUGUAAAUCAUUGUAAAGUAAUCUUUUUACAUCUGUUUUAUUUUAAUUUUUUUCUCCAUGAGGUAGUUAAAAAGUGCUCUAUAAAAGAAGCGUGUACAAGAGGAAUAAUGUAAAACUUGUCUGCAGAACUGAUCUUCGUUAAUCAUAUUAUUCCAGAACUCAGUACCUGUAGAUUAAUUACCUUGUGUAGUCUGAGGAAAAGUCAAUGAAACAUUUUUAUUUUAUUUUGAAUGUGUUUAUACAACUUGGGGAAAACUGUCCAGACAUAGUGUUUUGAAGCUUUUGGGACACUUAACAUUUAUCAUAGCUGAAAUGUAACAUAAACUACCUGUGUGAUUAUUGCUUUUAUGCCUUUCUUUUACCCAGUUUUGCCUGUUUUCUGUAUUAUAGUCAUAUUUUGUAAUAUCAGCAUUCUACCAAAACACUUAUAAAACAGAAAUUCACACAA